AUGGAAAACUCCUACACUGAUGUCUUUAAAUCCGUGUCUAUUCCGGUUACCCUCAAGGGAACCAACUACUUACUUUGGUCUAGACUUGUCAAAAUCACUCUUGGAGGCAGAGGUCUUUGGGAGUAUGUUGUUGACGGCGAAGACACCAAGAAGAUCAUCCUAGGAGAGGAUGGUAAAAAAGUUGGUGUUGCGGCUGAAGGAGGUGGGAAGAGAAGUCAGAAGGAUCUCAUGGUCCUUUCUAGGCCUGGGCGUUCGGCUUACUCCUACUGUGAAACUUCCAAGGAGCUGUGGGAUACUCUUCAGAAGGUAUAUGGCAAUAUAUCUAACAUCAGUAGGGUGUUUGAAGUCAAGAGGGCUAUCAACACUCUCAGUCAAGAGGACACUGAAUUUUCCAAGCAUUUUGGGAAGUUCAGAUCGUUGUGGGCCGAGUUAGAGAUGCUAAGACCGGCCAGUCUUGAUCCGAAUGUACUUAAUGAGAGGAAGGAGCAAGACAAGGUCUUUGCUUUGUUGUUCACUCUCAACCCGGGUUAUAGUGAUCUAGUCAAACACAUUCUAAAAAGUGAGAAGCUUCCAUCACUUGAGGAGCUUUGUGCUCAGAUUCAAAAGGAGAAAGGCUCACUGGGACUCUUUGGUGGCAAAGGAGACCUCAUCAUAGCCAACAAGGCUGAAGGAAAUGAGCACAAACAUGAGGGCAUAGCUAACAAGGGGUAUUACAAGCCAGAAGACAAGAAAGUGACACCUUACUCUGAUGCAAGGGGGAAUUUCUCUGGUGAAAUGGGUGAGCCAUCUACUCCUCGUCCCAUGAACUCGGUUGCGGCUGGAGAAGGGAAGACCUUGGGAUUCAGUGGCUGUUCUAUCAUGAGGACUACCCAAGAUGAGACAAUCAAGAGCCUUAAGCUAGUAGUUAUAGAUUCAGGAGCUUCUCACCACAUGAUUAGUGAUGCUAGGUUAAUCAGUAAUGUUAAGCCUGCCUUAGGUAAUGUUAUGAUUGCAAAUGGUGACAGCAUACCAAUAAAAGGUGUAGAAAACUUGAAACUAUUUGAGAAAGAUACUAAAACAUUUUAUAUGCCAUCUUUUGCAUCUAAUCUAUUAUCUGUCAAGAAGGUUGCUACUGAUCUUAACUGCAAGGUUAUUUUUAGUCCUAAUGAUGUUGUGUUUUAG